AUGCCAGCAGUCAGGACUGCGCUUCGUCGACCAGCCGCCGUGUUUGCCAGUCAUGAUGUUCGAGCUCUCGUGGGAUUCUGCAUCCUAGGCCUCGUCAAUGUCGUCUUGCCGUCCAUCAUCUUCUCCUCUAGCUACCUCAUCAUUCCAUAUUCGCGGCCGACAGUGAUUCUCAUCGAAGCAUCACCGGCCCUUGCGACAAAACUAAUCCUUCCCUAUGUCUUAUGCCAUGUCGCCUGGUGGCUUCGGCCCUGUUUCCUCACAGCAUGCUGGAUCCUCGCAGCCAUUGUUACCGCGGCUGCGCCGCCAAACGUCGCGCCCCCCAUUCGCAUCCUCAUGACGAUGCUGGCCUCGGCCAGCGCUGCGGCAGGAGAAGUCUCGUUUCUAUCGCAGAUGCGAUAUUAUGGACGCUGGGGACUGGCCGGCUGGGGAAUGGGCACGGGCAUCGGCAGAGUGGUGGUCGCCGUGAUGCCGCAUGUGCUCACCUACGGCAUGGGCAUGUUGUUGCGGGAUUUGCUCCAUUGCGUGUACUACCUGGUUGGCAUUCUGCUAGCUGCGCAUUUCGUGGUCCUGCCUUCAGCUCCGCUGCCUCGAAUCAGUACCAAAUCGCCUUGGACGAGAUCGUCUGUGAACGACGAGGAAGAGAACAUUCCUUUGACACCAGGGCGUGGUGCCUCCAAGCCGACGGCCAUGUUGCGAUCUAGAGUUAAACGAAGUUUGACUCUAGUUCAGCCCCUAUUGGUCAAGUUUAUACUGCCCAUGUUCAUGGCGUCUUCUGUACAGGCUUUCGUCUUUCCGGCGUCCACUCGAUUGCAGCCCAUGUCCGCAUCCCUGGGUGCAUUUGCGCAAUUCAAGGCCGCGUUCGGAGCUGCUUUCCAGGUGGGAGAUUUCGUCGCACGAUCGUCACUGGUCUUGUUCCAGUGGAAACAGCUGUACCCUCUCAUCGAGCGCGUUUUCACUCUUGCUACUGGCGUCGUCUGUGGGAGUCGCCGGCGGGGCGAUAUACAUGGCGAUACUGUCCGCGGUCUUGGGUUAUAUAGAGCAUGA